GUCACGCUCGUAUGACGUCACUUGAGGAAAACGAUUGGAAAAAACAUCUCAGAAAAAUAGGAGUACCAUGGACGGCACGGAAGAUUUGUUAACCCGCUUAAAGCGGGAUCUGGCGCUCCAAAAUAAAGUCCAUCAAGAUCACGUAUCCCAAGCGCAGUCUGUGGUGACCUUGACGGCAGAAAAGGUCAAAAGCUUGGCGGAUCAGGAACGUGAAGCGAGUCUGCGACGUUUUCGAAAAGCAGUGGAGCGCACCAAAGCCCUACCUUUGCUUGAGCUGACCUACACGACCUUGGGCUGUCAGCUGUUUGAGCAGCUCUGCAUGAACAUCGAUGUCAAUCAAGAAUACACCUCUAUCUUACCUCAAUGGAGCGAUGUGGCUAAUCAGCUUCAAAUCGACGAUCUGCGGAUCCAAUGGGUUCAAACCUGCGUCCGGCCUAAAGAAGGGCUGACUCGAGCCAUUCUCGAAAUGUAUAUGCGCGACAAUGGCACUCUGGGCCAAGUCUUGGGGGCUCUGCUGGACCUGGAACUGUUUGCCGUCCUAGGACGAGUGGUGGACGCGGUCGAGCGAUUCGUCAAAGACCACGAAAGUCGCCCAGAGACCCUCAAAAGACCCAAUCCCCAAUACUUCUCGAUUCUGGCCACUUUGGCGAGUGUGUUUGGCCCGCAAGAUCCUUGCUCGGAUAUCUACAAAUUGUCGUCUCUCAACCACCAACCUCCAUUAACGCACUCCGUAUUGGUCCAAAGCUCAGGGGAAGGACGAGACAACAUGGAUUUUCUGGACCAAUUUGGUCCGUACAAACCGGAAAUUCAUAGCAAACUGGAUUUCGAUGCCCCGGCCUUAUCUAACCAAGCUCAGGACAGCAAACUUUGCCGCAUUUUGCUACUUUUCGCGUCCGAUGGCGUCGAGUUCAGCGAGGCUAUUAAGUCUUGGAUUCACGGUUUCGAAUUCGAAAACGUACGGGCUGAAGUUUUCCAACUGAACGAAGUUUCCAUGUGGUUCGAGGUCAUGCAGAACCCCGAAGCUUGCUGUCUGAAAUGGGCCAAUGAGGCCGAUUAUGUGGUGCCUAUCCUGACACCCAAUUAUCUGCGAGAAAUUCAUAACGGAUCCGGCCCAGACGGCGAGGGCCUUCUCCCCACAUCGGCCACACUGAAUCGCUUUUUGUACAACUGUCUGCGAGCUCGAUACGCCCAAGAAGGGUGCAAGAACAAAGUGGUUCGGCCCAUUAUUCCUUCGGAGUACCUGGCUCAAAUCAGUCGAUGUCAAGCCGUGCAGAUUGAUCCUGUUCUGAGAUCAGUGUGGAUCCCCAUGGAUCGCACUCGAGUUGAAGGCCGACUCAAGAGCAUGCUCAACUCGAAAAAGAUGAUUGUCAGUAACUAGCCGUAGAAACUGCGAACGGCGGCUUAUUCAUUCUUUACGUGUUUUUCAAAAUGUUGUACAGUUCUAUGAUCUACUAAUGUAAACCGUGUUUAUGUUCAUAACAAACCCAUGUAUUUCUGUUUUA